GGCAGUUCGGGAGGAGAGAGCUCUGGGGCGACGACGAACGAAAGCUUUUUAAUUAGUAAUAAAACGCAAUAAAACGCUGCAAAAGCAGCCCGGACCCGCGUCCGAACUAUCAGCGCCUUUGCGGGAGAUCGAAGGAAGUCGCGCAGAAACCCGCCGCGGGCCAGUCUCCUCUGAGGCUGGGCUUGGGUAGGAGCCACAGCGCUGCGCAGCGCAGGGCCAGGGCGGGGGGACCGUCACCUCGCCUCCAGGGCUACCUGGGUCCUUUUAAAGUGUCCGGGGUGCGGGCCCCGGGCGGGAGCGACGAGCAAGGAAUGUUUUCUUAAAGGGCCAGUUCAGAGCUGCGCUGAAAAGGGGGGGGAGGGGGGAGAGAGAGAAGUGAGGUGAAGACCGAGAAGGCCUCGGAGAGCCCCCCAAUCCCGCGCCGAGGCGGCGGCGGCGGCGGCGCGACGAAGAGGAUGAUGAACACAUUGCAAAGUUUUUUUGGCCCCGGCGAGGGGUGUCAGAUUGAGUGCUCUGUGCGCAUGUGCGAAGGUGUCCAAACUGACAAUGCUAGGGAGAUGAAGAUAGUGUGUAGCUGCUUCUGGGCUCAAGGAGGAGGAGAGAGAUUCCGCGAGCCGACACCAUGCGAUCCAAGGCGAGGGCGAGGAAGCUAGCCAAAAGUGACGGUGACGUUGUAAAUAAUAUGUAUGAACCCGACCCGGACCUGCUGGCCAGCCAGAGCGCUGAGGAGGAGACCGAGGACGGUAUCCUGUCCCCCAUCCCUAUGGGGCCACCGUCCCCCUUCCCCACCAGCGAGGACUUCACUCCCAAGGAGGGCUCGCCCUAUGAGGCCCCUGUCUACAUUCCUGAAGACAUUCCAAUCCCACCAGACUUCGAGCUGCGAGAGUCCUCCAUACCAGGAGCCGGCCUGGGGAUCUGGGCCAAACGGAAGAUGGAAAUCGGGGAGAGGUUCGGCCCCUACAUGGUGGCGCCCCGGGCCGCGCUGAAGGAGGCCGACUUUGGAUGGGAGAUGCUGACAGACACAGAGGUGUCAUCCCAGGAGAGCUGCAUCAAAAAGCAGAUCUCUGAAGGUUUGGGCAGCGAGAAGUUCUGCGUGGAUGCCAAUCAGGCGGGGGCCGGCAGCUGGCUCAAGUACAUCCGUGUAGCAUGUUCCUGUGAUGACCAAAACCUCGCCAUGUGUCAGAUCAACGAACAGAUUUACUAUAAAGUCAUUAAGGACAUCGAGCCUGGAGAGGAGCUGUUGGUGCAUGUGAAAGAAGGUGCCUACUCCUUGGGUGUCAUGGCCCCCAGCCUGGAUGAGGAUCCCACGUUCCGCUGCGAUGAGUGUGAUGAGCUCUUCCAGUGCAGGCUGGACCUGAGACGCCAUAAGAAGUAUGCAUGCAGCUCUUCAGGGGCCCCGCUCUACGAGGGCCUAGGGGAGGAGCUCAAGCCUGAGGGCCUUGGUGGGGGCAACGAUGGGCAAGCCCAUGAAUGCAAGGACUGCGAGCGGAUGUUCCCCAACAAAUACAGCUUGGAGCAACACAUGAUUGUCCACACAGAAGAGCGUGAGUACAAAUGUGAUCAGUGUCCCAAGGCCUUCAACUGGAAGUCCAACCUCAUCCGCCACCAGAUGUCUCACGACAGUGGCAAGCGCUUCGAAUGUGAAAACUGCGUCAAGGUGUUCACAGACCCCAGCAACCUCCAGCGUCACAUCCGCUCACAGCACGUCGGUGCCCGGGCUCAUGCCUGCCCUGACUGCGGCAAGACCUUUGCCACAUCCUCCGGCCUCAAACAGCACAAGCAUAUCCACAGCACGGUGAAGCCAUUCAUAUGUGAGGUCUGCCACAAGUCAUACACGCAGUUCUCCAACCUGUGCCGGCACAAGCGGAUGCACGCCGACUGCAGAACGCAGAUCAAGUGCAAGGACUGUGGGCAGAUGUUCAGCACUACCUCCUCCCUCAACAAGCACCGGAGAUUCUGCGAGGGCAAGAACCAUUACACGCCGGGCGGCCUCUUCACCCCGGGCCUGCCCUUGACCCCCAGCCCCAUGAUGGACAAGACGAAGCCCUCCCCAACCCUCAACCACGGGGGCCUAGGCUUCAGCGAGUACUUCCCCUCCAGACCUCAUCCUGGGAGCCUGCCCUUCUCGGCUGCCCCUCCGGCCUUCCCCACGCUCACACCAGGCUUCCCGGGCAUCUUCCCUCCAUCCUUGUACCCACGACCACCUCUGCUACCUCCCACACCGCUGCUCAAAAGUCCCCUGAACCACGGGCAGGACGCCAAGCUACACAGCCCGUUGGGAAACCCAGCCCUGCCCCUUGUCUCUGCGGUCAGCAACAGCAGCCAGGGCGCCACGGCGGCCACGGGGCCGGAGGAGAAAUUCGAUGGCCGCCUGGAAGACUCGUACGUAGAGAAGGUCAAAAACAGGAGCCCUGACAUGUCGGAUGGCAGUGACUUCGAGGAUAUCAACACCACAACCGGGACAGACUUGGACACCACCACCGGCACAGGGUCUGACCUGGACAGCGACCUGGACAGUGACAGAGACAAAAGCAAGGACAAAGGGAAGCCAGCAGAGAGCAAACCUGAGUUUGGGGGUGCAUCGGUGCCCCCCGGGGCCAUGAACAGUGUGGCUGAGGUACCGGCCUUCUAUUCACAGCAUUCCUUCUUCCCGCCUCCUGAGGAACAGCUGCUGACAGCCUCGGGGGCUGCGGGCGACUCCAUCAAGGCCAUUGCGUCCAUCGCAGAGAAGUACUUCGGUCCCGGCUUCAUGAGCAUGCAGGAGAAGAAGCUGGGCUCGCUACCCUACCACUCCGUGUUCCCCUUCCAGUUCCUGCCUAACUUCCCCCACUCUCUCUACCCCUUUACGGACCGAGCCCUCGCCCACAACUUGCUGGUCAAGGCUGAGCCAAAGUCACCCCGGGAUGCCCUCAAGGUGGGCGGCCCCAGUGCGGAGUGCCCCUUUGACCUCACCACCAAACCAAAAGAGGCCAAACCUGCCCUGCUCACACCCAAGGCCCCCCUCGUGCCCUCGUCUGGCGAGGAACAGCCGCUGGACCUGAGCAUCGGCAGCAGGGCCCGGGCGAGCCAAAAUGGAGGCAGCCGUGAACCCCGGAAGAACCACAUCUACGGUGAACGCAAGCCGGGGGUUGGCGAGGGGCUGCCUAAGGUGUGCCCAGCACAGCUACCCCAGCAGCCUUCCCUGCACUACGCCAAGCCCUCACCCUUCUUCAUGGAUCCCAUCUACAGCAGGGUAGAAAAGCGGAAGGUGGCGGACCCCGUGGGAGUCCUGAAAGAGAAGUACCUGCGGCCGUCCCCACUGCUGUUCCACCCCCAGAUGUCAGCCAUAGAAACCAUGACGGAGAAGCUGGAGAGCUUUGCAGCCAUGAAGGCCGACUCAGGCAGCUCCCUGCAGCCCCUGCCUCACCACCCCUUCAACUUCCGCUCCCCACCCCCAACACUCUCAGAUCCCAUCCUCAGAAAGGGCAAGGAGAGAUACACGUGCAGGUACUGUGGCAAGAUCUUCCCCAGAUCUGCAAAUCUCACAAGACAUCUGAGGACACACACGGGGGAACAGCCAUACAGGUGCAAGUACUGUGACCGGUCAUUCAGCAUCUCCUCCAACCUCCAGCGGCACGUGAGGAACAUCCACAACAAAGAGAAGCCGUUCAAGUGCCAUUUGUGCAACCGCUGCUUCGGGCAGCAGACCAACCUAGACCGGCACCUGAAGAAGCACGAACACGAAGGUGCACCAGUGAGCCAGCACUCCGGGGUGCUCACGAACCACCUAGGCACCAGUGCCUCCUCCCCCACCUCCGAGUCGGACAACCAUGCACUUUUAGAUGAGAAGGAAGAUUCCUACUUCUCCGAGAUCCGAAACUUCAUCGCCAACAGCGAGAUGAACCAGGCGUCCACUCGAAUGGACAAACGGCCUGAGGUCCAAGACCUGGACGGCAACCCACCGUGUCCAGGCUCCGCCAGUGCAAAGCAGGAGGACGUAGAGGAGGAGGAGGAGGAGGAGCUGGAGGAAGAGGAUGAUGACAGUUUAGCCGGGAAAUCACAGGAGGACACAGUGUCCCCCACACCUGAGCCCCAAGGAGUCUAUGAAGAUGAAGAGGAUGAGGAACCACCCAACCUGACCAUGGACUUUGACCAUACCCGAAGGUGUGUUGAGGAGCGAGGAGGCGGCCUGUUAGCUUUGGAGCCGACGCCGACCUUUGGGAAGGGGCUGGACCUCCGCAGAGCAGCUGAGGAAGCAUUUGAAGUUAAAGAUGUGCUUAAUUCCACCUUAGAUUCUGAGGUCUUAAAACAAACCCUGUACAGGCAGGCUAAGAACCAGGCAUACGCAAUGAUGCUGUCCCUCUCUGAAGACACUCCUCUUCACGCCCCCUCCCAGAGCUCACUGGAUGCUUGGUUGAACAUCACGGGACCCUCGUCGGAGUCCGGAGCCUUUAACCCCAUCAACCACCUCUGAGGACCUGGAGGCCCCAGGGCCAGAGUCCAAAGCCAGGGUACCAGCUGUGGGAGACAGAGAAGGGGCCAGGGAGCAGCCCCCCACCCCCGACACCUUCUGCCUCAACUCUGCUUCCAACCCCAGCCGCCAUGGCUCAAGCCCAGCUUCUCCAAUGAAACUCAGAACCCGAAGGUCCCUCGAGUAGCCGCUGACUUUCAACACCUCUCAGACCUGGCCUCAAGGACAUGAUCUGCAGUGGGCACGGCGCACGGCCACCCAGGAGCUGCUUGCAGGAGCUGUGGAUCAGAAAACUCAUGGGCGAGGGUGGGGGGUCUCCAUCCGGGCAGGAGCCAGUUGGCCACCUCCGGGCCGCCGCCUGGUAUGAAUGAAAAGAUGGGAAAGAAGUGGGCAAGUGCUAUGGAGAGAGACCUCGUGAAUGAUUUUUAUAACAAGAAUCACAUGAUUAACCCUUUUGGUAAUCUUAAUUGACUAUAGAGUCUAUUUAAAAGCAUGUGGGUUUUAAAAAAAAAGACAGUAUUUUUUAAAAAAAAUCAGAAAAAUGACUUGCAAAAUGUUUUUUUAAAAGUAAUUUUGCAUUGCUUUGGAAUGUUGGCUUAUUGGCAAACCCACACCUGCAGGGGCAUCCAGCGCGGCUCAGGUGUGCCCUUUAUAAUGUAGAUAAUGGAGAAUUUCUUUCUUAUCUCUGACCUGUUUGUACAAGCCAAGGUGAUUCUGGUGCGCCCGACACGGGAUAGGGGCAUGGAAGCCACUCGGCUGAACAGGACGCUGACUACACAAGAAUCCUUGGACAUGGUGCCUGGCUGAAGGUUUGCAGAGGCCGGAACAGAGAGGUUGCCUUGCCCUGUAUGGUCUGCAGAGGAAUCCACGGGUUCCACCCAAGACACCCCAAUUGUAUGGGGAAGUCGGGAGCUAGUGGCUCAGGUCUUCCAUGCCGGACACCUAAGGGUCUUCCCCUUUCAGCAGCCCUAGCCUGGUCUUGACUGCUGCUCUUCUGAAGGCCAUAUCCAGGCCUCCAGCCUUCAACCCUCCCCAACCCUGGCAGGAUGCCCUCCCCAUGGCCACCAAGUGUGGGAAGCCUGCUCCUCCACUCCAGGACACCAAGUACUACCUGUGCCUAAGACUCCAGAUCAGCCGCGUAGCCGCCAUUUCUGCUCUCUGUGUGGGUUCCUGGCGAGGUGAGGUCAGGAACAGGAGGAAGAUCCAGGGGACCCUGCCACAGCAAAGGACAGAGACAGUACAGACACCAGGACCGGAUGCCUCACUCCCUUGGGACAGUCGGGACGUGUCUACUUCUCUGCUCGGAUGGGCUUUAAAUUAUCCCAUAGGGGCCAACUUCAAAUAAUUUCUUUCCCUGAUGGAAUUUCCCUUAAUCUGUAUAUAGCUUGUAAUUUUUUUCUAAUUCAUUUCUUUCCUUAUUUUAUUUCUUCCUUAACAGUAUUUUUUGGCAUUGGACAACUUUUCCUGAAGAAAUGAUGUUAAUAUAAGUAUGUGGUGAAGGACCAAAACCGUGUGAUAAGGUCGUGUGCUGUGUGAUCGGUGCCCAGGGAGUGGGGCGGUUGUUAAUGUGCCAAAUACCCCUGUGUCCCUCCCUCCAGGAGUCCCGCGGUCACCGCCGCCCACUUACCAGACAAUCAUAUGAUUUUUGUUAAAUUUGAGUCUCAGUUACAUUUUAAGACAAGUGUUCUAUUUAUUUUGUUGUUCGGAAGGAGAAAAACAAAACAAAAAAAAAAACAAAACAAAACAAAACAAAAAAAAAAAAACAAAAGGCAAGGAGUAUCCCACCAAGAUAAGAGGGACCGGAAACAACCCGGGUUGUCAUUUAAAAAACUAUGAGAGAUUGUAUCCGCGUCAGCAAACAUGGUGUACGCGUGUCGGUGCCGUGGGCCUGCGAUCCCCUCUGGGAGAAACUCAAACCUCCAAGCGCAGAUGUUUUACACUUGCUGUGGCUGUUCUCGCACCAAGACAGUCCUCUUUGCUGAUGCUGAGUGGUCCAGGCUAUGCUGAGAUCCGUGACAGAGAUAUCCCUGAAGACACCCCCUGCAGGUUGCAGUGAAUCGCAGGGACAUAACACAGAAUAGUCCUCAGAAGCACAUGCCUGAGGCGGCGGGGACACUCUGCAGAGGGACUUACCAUGGUCCUGUGGUGAGGAUUUGCAGGCCUAACUGCUCACGCUCCUCAACGGGACUCACGACAUCCUCUCCAUGGCGGGCUGGACCUCAGCUUAAAACUUCCAGUUUCCUCUAGAUGGGAGCUAGGUGGGAUCCCUGUAUGAGUUCAACCUCAGAUAUUACAUACCCCACUUUUGUAAACCCCAAAUUACAAGCUUUCUUCUCAGAAAGAGCGAGGUGUGUGCUUUUUUAUUUUUCCGCGAUGUGACUUUCUCCAGGACAGGGAGUCUGUCUGAAUGGGGGACCCCUGUGGACCUUUUUGGGCUCCCUUCUCAUCCUCUGUCACUCCCAACCUCUGUCGACCUCUGACCCAAGAGUCCCAGCUGUGCUGAGUCAAAUGCUUGGUCCCCCCUCCAACCCCCAUGCACCCCCAACCUCAGUUUCUCCUGGACAGACAUCCCCUUGGGCCCAGCACUUGGAGUUUGACGGACUCUGUCCUUGCUCACCACCCCCGACAAAGACAGCACUUGAUUUUCUGCACUGAGUUCCCGACAUUCUGCAUCUGCUCUACAUUGCCCUCAACCAGUGAGUUCUGCCCGCCCGGCCUCUCUGCAGUCUUACCGUGCCCAACUGGCUCAAGCAAGCAUCAGGUACAGGAGAGCCUCUCAGGGUCAGGGAGCUGGACCAGGUGUGAGUUCAAAGGUCUCGGCCACCGGAGAACCAAACCCUAACAGGGCUGUCUUGUCUGUUGCCACACAGUGUAGAAGGGCAGGACAGAUGUGCAGCCAUGAUUGCUUGCAGUGAUGUUUUCCGUUGUUUGCACUUGCCUCCCCAAAUAGAAGUUCAUAAGGAGGCCUCCUAGCUUGCAUUCCCUCCAGCCCCAGGCAAGGCCACACUUUGGCCCCGUCAUUGCUGCCAUACCUAGGAUGGUCAGGUAGGAAAUACGGGGCUUCCCUGUCCUGCAGGAAGGCAGAUCCUGCAUGACUAAGACCUCUGUGCAAACCCAGGGUGUAAGUCUCAGUAACCGGCGAGCACAACAUGGGCCCAGCCUGCCCAGCCUGUGGGGUCCUACUUCCCAAGGCCAGGAGAACAGGUGAUCUACCCAAACCCAGACUGACCUAACCCCUCUGCCUCCCAGAGUCCAGACUCAGAGCUCGUGGCUUCCUCUGCUUCAUCCGCUUCCCCAGAGAGUGUUUGUGAAGGAAGCACUUGCUCAAAUACAUAUCACGUGUUUUAGACGAGAAGCUCAAAGCACUGGAUCACGGUCCCCUGUCCCUGCCCAAGUGACUGAGAUCUACUGAGCUGUUCACUGUGCCAUUCGAGGUAGGGAAGAGAAGGCCUCCCAUGCUGUUGCCGGGAUGGGAGGGUGGGGAGGCCUGGAACAGACAGCGCUCGCUCCUGCCGGUGGACACUGGGACACUCCUGUCCGUGGAGAUCAGCCGGGUAUCAAAAGCCAUGAAGACUGUCCCUAGCCCUGAGCGAUACUGUGACAAGACAUUCUUGAACUCUUACCCAGACAAGUUCACUUCCCCCCCCACCAUUCCAGCCAUUGUCUGUCACCAAUUCACACCGCCACUUCUAGGAGGGAAAAGGUUGAGCCGAAGGGAGGCAGCUUGAAUCUCUAGGUGUGCGAUCAAUCGAUUCCCUUGCAACUGGGAGAAGCUGGGGGUUUCCUCAGUGUCUCCCGCAACGUAGCUACUCUAUUCAGUGUUGGGGAAGCGGGGCCCUGGUGUCAGGAUACAUAACUUAAAAACCUGUGCGUGUGGGGUUGUGUGUAGUGUGUGUGUGUGUGUGUGUGUGUGUGUGUGUGUGGGUGUGCAUGUGUGCUGUGUAUGUGUACUUUGAACCUAUAGUAUAUAAAUAUAAAUAAAUAAAUAUAUAUAUCCCUGACACCCGCGAGAAUCUCUGACCUGUAUGCGUGUUGCCAUUGUUACAUUCAGAUCCCAUUCAGUUUGUUUCUGUUUCUGUUUUCGUUGUCGUUUUUUUUUUCUUCCCCCCCUUCUAGAACUAUAUAGUGUUGAGAAAGGAAUCAAAUGUAAAUGUCUGCUCUCCAUAUGAUGUUAAAAAAAAAAAUUAAAAAAACCAUGGAGGAGGGGGCCGGCGUUUGCCCCGCCCCCUUCCUUUGUAAAUUGCUGUUGUGUUGAUAAGCUGUGCAUGGCUCGUGUUUAGCGGUCAUUACUGUGUCUGUUUGUGGAAUUCUUAUGAUGAGGAGAAAAUCCCGUAGAUGCACUUACUGACUAUGUGAUUAGGUCUAAGUCAGGGCCAGGAGUCCCAAAAACGCCCACAAAAAUUAAAAAAAAAAAAAAAUUAAAAAAAAAAAUGGACCGCAGUUCCUGGUGACUACGGAAAUCGCCGUGGGAGAAUCGUGAAUCGAGGAGACACGACUUGAGAAUAGUCAAAAGUGAUUUUUUUUUUUUUGGCAGAUCUCAUUCUGAGGCUUACGGCAAAGAGAGAUGUACUUGUGUAGAGAUUUCUGUAAGGCGAAAGCCAGGAGGGCCUGGCUUUGAGGUCAAUGCUGUAGAAUAGGUCUGACUGGAUACCAAAUGUAAUCUUUCCGAUGCUACAAUGAAUUUAUACACGAGAUUGAUAUGCAAUAAAUCUGUGUGUUUUUCUAA